AUGGACGCUGCGCCCUCGCCUGUGGAGUUGGGGCCGGGACUGCCGACCCUGCUGUGCGCCCCGCAGGCUGAGGUGCUGGAGGACGUGCUGCGGGAGCAGUUCGGGCCACUCCACCAGCUGGCUGCCAUCUGCCGGCUCAAGCGGCUGCCCUCGGGCGGCUACUCAUCCACCGAAGGCCUCCAGUUGGUGCUGGAGCGGCGGCGCGCGGCCAACGCCAAGGAGCGUGAGCGGAUAAAAAAUCUCAAUCAUGGUUUUGCCAGACUGAAGGCACUUGUGCCCUUUCUUCCGCAAAGCAGAAAACCUAGCAAAGUUGAUAUCCUUAAAGGUGCUACUGAAUACAUACAAGUUCUCAGUGACGUUUUGGAAGGAGCCAAAGACUCUGAGAAACAAAACCCAGAUGAUAAGAACUACGGCAACAGUACUUCUGAUUCACAUAUAUCAUUGGUUAGAGAGCUAUCGAGAAAUAUUACACAUCCCAACUAUGCCAUAGGCUUGAAGAAAGAGGAGGCAGGGUUCUGGGCAAUUGGUGGCAAUCGCUUCCCGGCGGUGAUUUAUGCUAAGCCUGAAGGUGGUUUCUGGAUUGAAAGCUUCGCUUUUGGGGGCCGUUUCCUCCGUUUGAAUCCGGCCGCCGCCCUCUGGAGGUGGAGUGGGAAAGGGGCCUUUCCAGACGGCCAGGUCCGGCAGGGCGUGUCCCCUCCAGGUCUGGCGGUCGCCCACAGCGCGUUGUCCAUCUCCAUCACUGCUGCAGCCGAGCAGGUGCGGGAACCGCGGGCAGCCUGCGGCUCUUGA